AUGGCGCCCGGUUCGAGCAACAAUCAGAAUAAUAACCGGCAAACGGGUACCAAACCGAAGUCGAAAUCGUCGAAGAAAAAUUCCGUUCCGCAGGAAAUCGUUGCCCCAACCCGGAGGGAUCAGCUCCAGCAGCAGCUAAAUGUACUCGUCGAUUGGGCGAACGUUUCCGGUGCAACCUCGGUGGUGCCGAACAACAAUUCGCAGCAGCAGCAGCAGCAACAUUUCAGUGGCACACAACAACCAUCGACAAGUGGUCAACAACAGCAAGGACAAAAUAUUCUUCUGAAACCCCGCAAUAAUAGGACACCUGGUGAAGGCACCUGUUACGAAAUCGAUAAUUUGUCGCUGCAAGAUAACAGCCGCUACAUACCGGUACGACCGAUUGUGCGACGAAAUCUGCUGAACGAAGGGACCGGUGGAGAACAGAGCGAACCGCACAACACUGCAGUCGGGGUGGUCAUACCUACGACACCUAAUUCUGCCCUGCAGCAGACCUUCCGCCUAAACGAGGGUGCUUCAGCGAGUGGUGUUGCUGUCGGAUCGACACACAGCAUUAACAAUUUGCUUCAUAGUGGUGCUGGCGGUUCAACCGUCACCGGUAUUGUGCCGAAACAGCAGCAACACAUCCUAAACCAUCUUCUGCUGCUGCAGCAACAGCAAAACCAGACGGGACAACCGCGAUCGACUUCCUCGCCGUUGAGCUAUCGCGUACCGGAUGGUGCCUCUCAAAAUCAGUUGAACUUAAACAAAAACUCUAACCAUCAGCAGCAGCAGCAGCAGCAACAACAAAACCACCACUUACUCACAGCUGCGGCCGUACCAUCGACCUCUUCUGGAUCGCGUUACGGUUCCGCUACACUACCGUUCAACUCAACUACCAACGGUACAGUGGAGGACACGCUGAAUCAGAUACAGGAGUACAUCAAACUGACCACUAACCUGAUCUCAUCGGUGCAGAUUGAUAACCUUAACGGUGGUCCUCGGCCCCAAUCGGUGCAAAGCAUCAGCACGAACCAAUCGACCACACCAGUCCCACCGUCUGCCUCCUGUGACGAAUUGCGCUACCGUAUGGAAUCGCAGUCAAAAAACAUGCAAGCACUGAAAGAGCAGCAAGCGCAUCUGCUGCGCCUCCAGCAGGCGGCCCGGCAGCAACUGCAGGAGAUGGAAUCCAUUCGUCAAAUGCACACCGCCAGCGUAGCACCACCGAUAGAAUCAUUCCAAACGGUGGAACAGGUGCAGGACGGUAUCGGUAGCAUCAUGGAGCGGAUGCGCGUACUUUCCACCUUCAUACAGAACCAGCAGGAAUUGAGCAACAUGCUCGGUCCGGAUAAUGAUACCGAUGUGCUGGCCGAUCAGGCAAUGUUGCAGCAAAAGUUUCAGGAACUGCGCGAUAAGAAGAGUCAAAUGCAUAAUCUCGUAUCGGAGCUGCAGAAUAUGAACCUGGACGCGAAUCGACAGUUUGAUGGGGAACCAGGGCUCGAACCACGGAAUGUACCGAUCGAACUGACGCACGCACCGGCAACGGCAUCGGACGCGAGGAAUGCGACGAAAAUAUUUCUCAACGGUGGUGGAACUACGAUGGAGGGUACGAACAGUGGUGCGGUAAAUCCUGUGGCCACCGUCGAAGGUAUGUCGGUACCAGCGCACCGACUGGUGGGUGAUGAGCAGCGCAGUAAUGGUGCACAGUCGGGCGCGGUGGAUGAGGACGAGGAUGAAGGCCCGCUGAACGACGAGGAAGCAUCCGUACUGACCGGGACGGCCGAUAUGUUGAGCGAAAAGAUCAAUGAAAUUAAUGCGAUGAAGUCACAGCUCCGUCGGCUGAAGGAGAUGAUGGAUACGGUGAAGCUGAUCGAGAUGAAAACGGGCCAGGAAUCGAUUGAUGAGGAGGAUGAGUACGAGGAAGAGGAUGCCCCGGAAGAUGAAGAGGAGGGCGAUGAUGAGGAUGAUGAGGGGGCGGCAGCGAUUGCCAUGCAGCAGCAGCAACAACAACAACAACAGCAGCGUUCCAGUAGAAGCCGUUCCCGUUCUAUGAGUUCCGCACCGAUCACGUUGCUUCCCAACGGUACGACGAUCCCGAACGAUGCGGACGGUAGCGAAAUGUCACACCAGGAACGGGAGCAUCUGAACAAACGCGUCGAGGCACUGCAAGCCAUGACGCAGGAUUUGCGCGAGCAGGCCAAAUCGAUUGCAGCCGAACGCGAUCGGUUAAAGCACGCACGGAACGAUCUGCACAAGCGUCGGAACAAUGUGAUGGAUCUGCAGCAACAGGCGCAGAGUCAAGCGAACGAAAAGCUCACCAAUCAUGUCGCCUCGUUUGUGUCGAUGGCUGGCCCGAGUGGACGCGCACCUGCGGGACCGAAAGAGCGCCAGCAGAUGGAACUGAAGGCCGAGCUGGAGCAGAAGAAGCUUGAGCUCGAGCGGAUUGAGAAGAUGACGCAAAGCAUCAAGAAAAACACGGAACUAUCCCGUGCCUCGGUGGUGGAAGGUGUGAAUGCCCACGAGCAGCAGGUAACUCCACUGCCGAAAGCAACCGGUCCAUCGUCGGUAGUGUCAUCGUCGGUUGAAUCGUGCAGUGGCGGUGCUGGAUCACAUCAUCGUGGUACACCCUCGACCCACGUGACCAUUCCACCUGCUCCGGCUCCAUCGGCCAUUAGCGGUUCGCUGCAGAACAACACGGCCGGUAGCAAUGCGACCAACGAUUCGAAGACGAACUCCGCCGACUCGGGUGUUACGUCGGACAUAUUUGCCCAUGCGCAGCUGGAAUCGGCCAGCUAUCAAUCGAGCAGUACGCGCAGUUUCCCACCCCCGAUGCCGGACAUUUGCAAUCGCAAUGCGGCCACUGAUCGGUAUCGGUUGAAGCGGAGCGAUCUUGAUGCCGAUGGUGCACCGGCUGGUGGUGGUGCUGGUGCGGGUCCGAUCGGGCGUGACCAUCGCGGUUCUUCGCCGUGGCCAGUGUUUGGCACCAGUGGCGGAGCUGGUGGAUUGUCCAGCUCGAAUACGGGCCCACACAGUCCACACUAUGGACUUCCGUACAGGCCGGGAAUGGAUGAUCUUUCGCACCAUGCGGCGGCUGUCGGUUAUGGGGGCGGUGGAGGUGUUGGUGCGUACGGAAGCAGCUGGAGCACGGGUGGGGGUCCGUACGGUGUGGCGGCAAAUUUGUUGCCACCGCAUGCUGCCACCCCGAAUACACCGCCCGAUCCGAUCGUAUUUCAGCACAUCAUGCAAACGCAACAGAUGCUGAUGAACUCGAUCACACAGUGCAACCAGCUGCUGUGGAUUCAGCAGCGUGAAAUCAACAAUCUGAACAAUGCCGUCCUGUUGCUUCAGGAACGGAUACUCGGCACCAACAGCAGCUUACUGCUGCACGAAACCCAUGGCCCACCGAUGGGCGCCGCGUUGAUUAGGGCGGAAUCAACACCACCCAACGCCUCGAAUGCGGCCACCACGGCUAGCAGCAUGUACACACGGGCUCGUUCCGAGCAACCGAUGAUGUCCUAUCAGCAGCAGCAGCAAUCCUCUCCCUAUCAUCACCCUCACACCCAUCUCCAUACGGCAUCCCAUCCUGCAUCAGGCGCUGCUUUACUACAGCACCAGCAGCAACCAAUGCAAUCCUUUACCCAACCGCCAUACAGUCCGCUUGCCGGGGUGCCACAAACUCACCCCAUGGUUUCACCACAGCAGCUUCCCCCAAACUCACAAUGUCUGGCGAAUCAACAAGCGCAGCGUAACAAUACUAACCCCGGACAGGCCGGACUACCCCCGAGCGGGGCCCAUGCGGGCCGGUUACGUUCCAGUGUGCGCCCGCUUAACAUUAACACGCUUAACAACGCGCUUUACGACGAUCAGUCCGGCACUGGUGGUGGUACUGCUGGUGGUGUGCUCAAUGGCACGGAAGCCAACACCGGGCUGGGAAACGAGUACGGUGGUACCGGUUCGAUCGCACCGAACAUGAUAAACAAUCUGUGCAGUGCCGGUUCACAGCCGGUCACACCGACACCGGCCGGUACAACAAUGCAUGGUCAGCAGCAUCAUCACCACCAGCCGCACACGUCCUCGUUACGCUUCGGGCAAAAUUACAACAAUCUCAACAACACGGUCACCAACAACCUAUCGAACGCAAACAUGCAGAACAAUCAGAAUCUGUACAACCAGCAGCAAGAUUCCUCCACCCAGCAGCAGCAACAAACGCAAGCCCUCAACAACCAGGUGCUGCCGGGUGUGAGGGCCAAUAACUAUUGGGAUAACUUCCGAAGCUACUCAAGACAAAAUCUCCUAUCGAGCAACAGCUGCAAAAGCAACGAAGAAUCAUGCUCGCAAACUGGCAGCGCUGGUGGUGGCAGUGGUAGUGGUGGAGGCGGCACAGCAGGAGGAACAGGAGGAUGUGGUGGUUCCGGUGGCACAGGAGUUGGCGGUAGUGGUGCAGGUCCAGGAAAUACCGCUGGUAACGGCGGUGGAAGUGGCUGCAAUACGAUAAACAAUCAAUUCCAGCGUAAUAACAGCAAUGCUUCGAAUCAGUACAUGAAUAACCAGAGCAACAAGUACCAGCAAUCGAUCAAUAUUACCCGCAACAACUCGCUGAGCAAUACGAACCAGGCAAACAGUACCGGUUUGUGUCAGGAUUUGGAAAGUUCCGGAGGGCAGCAGAUUCUCGGCUAUCAUCCAAAUCAGGAACAACCACCGAUCGAUGAUUGCGGUGGACAGGUUGUGGAUCACCAUCGGCAGCAGCAUCCGGUGCAGGUGCAGCAAACCCAAUCGUCUAAUGUUGGAGGACACUCCGUGCAUGGGACGAGACAUUCGCAGCAACCUUACCAGCCAUCUAUCGCGACCACUCGUCAAUCGCACCAGCCACAAUCGCAACUAGUCGGAACGGGAUCGGUUCAAACACAAACGGCAAGCCAUUCGUACGCACUACCACACCAACCUUUACAGCAGUCGACUCCGCAGCAACAACACCCGGCGUCGUCUAGUAUGAUCGGAAUGCAUCAGACUCCUGCCGGUCAACAUCAGCAGCAUUCGCAACAAAUUCUACCGCAGCAGCAGCCACAGCAACAACAGCACUCCCAUCACGCACCCUUGAAUCAGUCCAACUCGCUGGAUCUUGGCGAGCUUCAGUUCCACACGAACCCGAUCAAUCUGGGACUUGCGAACAAAACACACCCGAAGGCGAGCGGACACAAGAAGUAUCCGCUGUCGUUACGCUCCUGUCGGGAUGCGGGUUCCGGUGGUGAAGGAAGCAGCGGAUGCUACGUGUCCGGUGGUGGUGAUAUGAAUCUAGCCUCCACUUGCACGUAUCAGCAUGAUUCCAAGUCCACCUCAAAACUGUUUGAAGCACUCAAAGAAAACGUCUACCAGGAGGUGAAGAAUCUCAUCACAGCCAACGAAUCUCGGCCCCACUUUCUCAUACAGCUGUUCCGUGAGCUGCAGCUGAUCUCGUCCGAUCCGCUGCGGCAGCGCACACUGCAAUCGAUACAGGAGCUGUACAACCGGUACAUCGAGUCGACGCUGCAGGAGGAAAACCAUGUGAACAAUGUAGGAAGUAACAAUUUGCUAGCGUCCACCGGGCUGUCAAACAUGUCGGAAGGAGCGAACAACGGCGGUGAAGGUAUAGUGAACAGUGAACCACGAACCACUCCACCGCGCGAUGCAAGAAACGACGAGUCGGGCGUUGAGUUUGAAGUGAUUCAAAACUACACGAACCUUCGCCAACAGCAGCAGCAGCAGCUGGAGCAACAGCAACAGUACCAUUAUAUUCCUGCGAACGGAUCGGAACAGGCCGGAGCGAAUCCGCAGUCCUCUUCUGCCGGGGGGGAAGUUUUAACCUCCUCCCUGCCGAACUCUUCUACGUCCGCUAACACACCACCGGGUGCGGGACGCCGACUUUCUGCAAGCCGUCCGCACAACCAAGAACAGCUCGUCCCAAUAGCGGUGGCCAAUUCGGAAAUCAUCAACAUCAUAAUGGGUGAUAUCGUUUCGGUGAUAAACUCGGUCGAUUACAUUAACGAUUCGGUACUGUUCAAGAUUGCGGGCGUAAUCUGUAACCAUGCGGCCGGUGGUGCACCGGUGGAUUACGGUCCGCCGGUCGGGGGUGAUGCGGGGCAGCAGCAUCACCAUCAUCAUCACCAUCAGCACCAUUACCACCAUCACCAUUCGCGGUCGGGACAGUCCCCGGCAGCUUCGUUGCUGGCCGCCGCUUCAUUCCUAUCGGCGCAAGAGGACGAACAGCCGGGUGAGCUGUCCGGUGGAUCCAGAACGGCAGGGGUCGGUGGGGGUGAUGUGUUUAGCCGGGAGGAUUUUUUGCGCCAUCUGGAGAGUUGGAAUCGAACCGAUAAGGAUGAAUUUAUUUCGAAUUUGGAAAACUUUCUGAACAACAUAUUGCUGCGUUCGUCCGCGGUGGAGGGUGAAGAGGGCGAGGAAGAAGAGGACGCUAUUACCGGUGGUCCGAUCGGAGGUCAGCAAAAUCCGGCGUAUGUGGAUGAUGUACAGCCAGCAGCGAAUAGUUGCUCCGCGCCGAUAGGUUAUGAAGGUAAUCCGACCAAUCAAGGCACAGAUGGUGGCAUAAAUGGAAAUGGAAUGGCACCGUUUGUGGUAGGAGAGCAACGCCCGUUGGAAUCGGCGGUUGUCGUCAGUUCCAGCUCUUCCAAUGUGGUGUACUCUUCGACCACGUACGAUCUAGCCGAAGCGGAUCAAGUGUGCGAUAUGGAAACUUCCACGGGCAAUAUGGCUGCGGCCGGUUCCGGGGGAGCAAAUUCCACGAUGGAUCAUCCCACUGGUGGAACUAACUUUGACGAUGGUCGUUGGACUGUAGUUGUGCAGAAGAAACCGGCCUCUGUAGGGGAUGAACAGGCUGGGACUAACAGUGUGACCAGUGACGGACGAUCACAGCCAAGGAUGGGAGGUUUGCAACAGCAGCAAAUGCACGGCAGCAGCACUGGUGGACCGAGUGGUACCAAUGGAACUGUACCACCGCCGGGAGCAUCCGGUGGAGGUAACAAUGGAAACAACAUCAACAACAAUUGGCAAUCGGAAGAGGUCGCGGAUGAGCAUUUGGAGCAGACGGAAGAACAUAGUUCGUCAUACUAUUAA